CUCCUCCCUCCUCCUCCUCCUCCUUCUCUUCCUCUUCCUCCUUUCUCUCCGUUGCAGAUCCACGCUCCUCAACCCACCGGCCUCUUCUCUAACACCGGCAGCAAAACUCUUUAACGCAUCGCUUCUUUCUUUCAUCUUGCAUUCAGAAUUUGACAAUUUGAGCUCGACACCUUCACCCAGGAAGACGAUGUCUAAGAAGAUGCCCCCGUGCUCCGUAGAGGAGCAGCCGGAGCACGAUCAGUUCCUCGGCCGCCGUCAGGCGGACCGGUCCGCGAAGGCAGCGCCGGGCUCCAGGAACCAGGCAGAACCGGGCCAGACGAACGGAGAGACUGCGUCGUCUUCCCCGGAGAGCGGCAGCUUGAACGGAGACGGAAAGCGCGGCGGGAAAAGCCGCCGGCGCAAGAAACGCUCGUCGAAUCCCGAGAGCCGCCCGGAGGAGAAAGCCAACGAGGGUCGGGAUGGAGAGAAGGCGGAAAAACAAACAACCAGUCCUCCACCUGCGGAUCCCUGCGCCGGGCUGGUCGGCCUGCGGUCCGAGUGCGCUAACGUGUGGUUUGAACGAAGCGCCUACGAACGAGCCGAGAGCCUCUACCAGCGCUGGCUGGCGAGCUCCACCAAUGGCACCACCCAGUCGAAGCGAUCGCCUCCCUCCUCAGGGAAACGCUCCAACGCUCCAUCCGCUGUGGCGGCUCCUCGUCCUCCUCCUCCUCCACCUUCUUCUUCUUCUCCGGGACCAGCUUGUCACCACGGCGACCAGGUGGCUUGCCACCACGUCGUGCAGGAAGUGUGGGUGAACAAGAUGACGUUCGACCAGGCCGAGCGCCGCUUCGUCGAGGAGUCCACGCAGCUGUCGGUCCCCAACUCCCUGGACCUCCAGAGACCUCCUACCCGCUCCGCCGCGGCCAGGACUCCCGAUGAAGGUUACCAGUCUCUAGCUCCGACUCCCGCGACGCCCGUCGUCCAACAAGCCGCCGCCGUCGCCCCGACCCCUCGGCAGUGGGUCAACGGACUUCCCCGCGUCCCGGUGGAGCUGCUCCGAGACGUGUGGCUGGAGAAACCGGCGUACGACCGCGCGGAAGCAGCCUUCUACCAAAGCCUGUACGGCAACAACUCCAGCAAACGAUCCGGCUGCACCUCCACCUCCUCCUCCUCCGCCUCCUCGAGAAGUAACGACCACCCUCAGAGCCUCGUAGAAGAAGAAGAAGAGGAGGAGGAUCAGGAGGAGGAGGAAGCCGCCGACGACGAGGAAAGACAGGCGGCCCCUCAGGGCAAAGCGGACGUCUUCCACGCUCUGCACCCGAUCCAGGAGGAGGAGGAGGAACCGGCCGAGGCCCCGGAGAAGGAGGAGGGCGCGUCGGAGGCCGGGCCGGAGGCAGGGGCGCGCUUCUUCCUGCACCCGGACAGCGAGCGGGUGUGGCUAGACAAGCAGCGCUACGACGCUGCGGAGAGUCGUUUCCACGGCUGCGGCGGCGGCGGUAAAGCCGCUGCGGCCGCGAAGAAGGAGCGAAGGCCGGAAGCAUCGUCAGUUUCCUCCAAGGCCCCACUGAGGGACAAGAAAAUGAGUGCAGUGGACUUUCUGGCCCAGGAGAAGAUCUGGUUUGAUAAACCUCGCUAUGACGAGGCUGAGAGACGCUUCUACGAGCGCGUGAACGGCUCCGCGAAAACCACACAGGAUGUUGGAGCCAACUCCAUUUUGCAAGACAUUGCUCGUGCUCGGGAAAACAUCCAGAAAUCUCUAGCAGGGCUGAAGACCUCACUGUCUAACAGAGGGUCAGCUCCUCCUCCCUUAAGCCAACAGUCUGAGUUAAGCAAGAACAGCAGCAACGGAGCCGAUCAAGGAGAACUCGUCUCUCGCAUCAACAGCCUGGAGCUGGAGAACCAGAGUUUACACAAAGUGGUGGACGAUUUGAGGGCAGCUCUCUCCAAACUGGAAUGUCGGGUUUCGGUUCUUGAGAAAUCUCCUGCUGCUGUGACUCCGGCUCCUUCAGUCCCCUACACAAACGGCACUACUGUCCAGCAGAAGAGCAGCGCUCCAGUUAAAGACGACGUCGAAGAGGACGACGACGAUGACAUUGAUCUGUUUGGUAGCGAUGAUGAUGACGAAGAGGCAGAGAGACUCAAAGAGCAGCGGUUGAAAGAGUACGCGGAGAAAAAGGCGAAGAAGCCCGCCCUCAUCGCCAAGUCCUCCAUCCUCCUCGACGUCAAACCGUGGGACGACGAGACGGACAUGGCGAAGCUGGAGGAGUGUGUGCGCUCGGUGCAGGCGGACGGUCUGUUGUGGGGGACGUCCAAACUGGUUCCCGUCGGCUACGGCAUCAAGAAGCUGCAGAUCGCGUGCGUGGUGGAGGACGACAAGGUGGGGACGGACAUAUUGGAGGAGGAGAUCACCAAGUUUGAAGACUACGUCCAGAGCGUCGACAUAGCAGCUUUCAACAAGAUCUGAUCCCAGCACGUCUCCUCCCGUCUGUCGUCACUCUGUUUUCUGCUGAUUGUAUCUACGGUUAACACGAAUAAAAUCCAACUCUUGCACUGAC